AUGUGGAGCAGACCGGAGCCAAAGAAACGGCGGGUACGGGCAGGGUGUCUUCACCACCUUCUGCUCAGCAAUUUACCAAACGAUUCCGGGAAAUCCAAAUACACUCCCUAUGAAGGCAUUGCCUUCACUUACGCGUUUAGUUCAAACAUUGGAGCCAAGGUGUUUAUUGCUGACGUAGUAGUUCGCGUUUGGCAUCACAAGACAUUCUGGUACCGCCUGGUCUCUGCAGAAAGUAAGAGAGAAAGGAGAGGCAGAGGCUGGGUCUCUGAUUCACAGGGAUUUGGAGGUUUGGGGAUCACAGUAUUCCUGGCAAACGCUGCUUCAGCUAUUUACUGCGUGUGGUUGAUCACUACGUCUGCGGAGACCCCUCUCCUUAAGACGGACAAACACGGGACCCCAGGCUCUGUGCUCAUCCUCGACAUGGAGCCAUUGUUUUUCAUCUUCCUGCUAUUUCUGGAGAGACGGACGGUGGAAUCUGCAGAGAAUGUGGGUGUGAGGCUGGUGAAUGGCGGCAGCCCAUGUGCCGGGAGAGUGGAGAUUUACCAAGGAGGAUAUUGGGGCUCAGUGGAUGGCUAUAGCUAUGACUAUGGGUAUGUUCUGACCUGGAAUAUGAAGGCCGCGGCUGUGGUGUGUCAGGAGUUGGGAUGUGGAGCCGCGCUGUCAGCAUCAGUAGGAGCUCACUUUGGGGAAGGAUCAGGCUAUGUUGUGACAUAUAAUAUUCGGUGCAAAGGGAGCGAGUCUGCUCUGAGGGAUUGUCCCUCAGCGACCUGGAAUCAUUAUUACCGGACGCACUCCAAUGAUGCUGGAGUCAUCUGCUCAGAUUCGCUCCAGAAAACCAACAUUUCCCUGAAUCCAGAUUCCCGGGCGUUUGUGAGAGGGGAAAGCGCUGAGAUCUCGUGUUCUGGGAACUAUCCUGGCAGCAAAUGCUCUUUUUUCAGAGACGGAGAGUUUAUCACAUCACAAAGAGCUGCAAACAACAGCAACGCUGUAACUUUCAUUCCAUCGGAGAUCAGGGCAGGCAAUUACUGGUGUAAAUGUGUUAAAAAUAUGGACGGGCGAGAGCUCACAUUCCCAGAGAGCGAACGAAUGGGAAUCAAUGUGUGGGAUCCGCUUCAGAAACCCACAAUUUCUCUGAAUCCAGAUUCCCGGGUAAUUGUGAGAGGGGAAAGACCUGAGAUCUCGUGUUCUGGGAAUUAUCCUGGCACAAAUUUCUCUUUAUACAGAGACGGCGAGUUUAUCACAUCACAACCAGCUCCAAAGAAUAACAACAAGGCCAUAUUCGCCACUCCGGAGAUCAUUACAGGAAACUACAUUUGUAAAUAUAUUGCACGCAUAGACGGACGACAAUUCACAUCACCAGAGAGCGAGCGAAUGGGAAUCUCUGUGCGGGGAUACUGGACCUGGAUGCACACUGUAGGACUUGCUGUGGGGAUCGUCACUGCUACAGUGAUCACUGUGUUUACACUUGGUUUAUGUGUGUAUAAGAGAGGUAAACACAACAGUUCAAUAGAGAAAUGGAACGUACCCACGGGAGGCGGCCCGCAAACUAGCAGCAAUAUAUAUGUGACGUUGAGAAUGGUUGAAUGUUCGGUACCACCAGCGGACGUUGAUAUCACCGACGCCAAAGGAACUUUAGACGCCUCAGCCGGUGCGGAUGAUGGACCAGUCAACGCCACGGUCAGAGCGUAGCGAAGUGAUCAGUAACCAUCACCUGCACUCUCUCCGCUCUAAGUCUCCUCGUCAUUCCCUGUGGUGAAUACCAACAUAAGAGAGUGGGAGAGAGAGAAUAGCCGCAUCUUUGUCUUUAUCAGAAGUAAAACUUCCUUCGUCACAGCGGCAGCUGUGUUUUAUAGAAUAUAAUAAAUGAUUUUGCUCUCUUCUCGUCUUCUGCACAACAAGACACGCUUGCGAAUUGAAUUGAUUGAUUAUAAGUGGGCCAAAUUGUGCACAGCAGAGUAAUGUAAACAGUGAUCCAUUUCAUAUUAUAUUUUUGAAGGAUUACUAUCAGCCUUGUGCA